AUGAGCUUUAGAAAAGAUGAGAGCAGCAUUAUUUAUAUUUUUCCUUUUCCGGAUAAUGUGAGUGUGCUGACAGGUGACGCUGUGCUAAGAGCAUAGUUAGUGUGGGGAUUCCUGAGAGGUUUGGAGUCCUUUAGUCAGCUGGUAUACCAAGAUUAUAACUUAUAUUAUGUAAAUAAGACAGAAAUUGAAGACUUCCCACAGUUUCCAUUUAGAGGGCUUUUGCUAAACACUAAGGCAUUAUUUACCAGUACAGUAAAUGCUAUAUUGAAGACUCUGUAACGACUGGCAUGUAAAAUCGACAUUCACUGGCACAUUGUGGAUGAUCCUUCUUUUCCUUACAAAAGCCACAGUUAUCCUGAUUUAAGCAAUAAGGGAGCCUUUCACUCUGUGACUCACGUUUACAUGCAGUCAGAUGUGAGGAGGGUGAUCGUUCGCGCAAGGUCCCGAGGAAUCAGGGUGGUGCCAGAGUUUGAUUCCCCAGGACACACUGAAUCAUGGGGUUAAGGGCAGCCAGACCUGCUGACGCCCUGUUACAGAAGAAUUGUUCCCACUGGGACAUUUGGCUCGAUCAACCCAAUGUUGAGAUCCAAUUACCAGUUCAUGAGUAGCCUCUUGAAAGAGGUAACCUCUGUAUUUCCUGACUCUUUUGUUCAUCUUGGAGGCGAUGAUGUUGACAUUAAAUGCUGGAAAUCAAAUUCUAGUGUGCAGGCAUUUAUAGGAAAAACGGGCUUUGGAGAUGAUUAAACCAAACUAGAGUCUUACAUGGAAAGUAUUAUGAACAUCAAAGCCGCUUUUAACAAGACCUCCAUCGUUUGACAGGCUGUUUUCGAUUAUCACAAGCAGAGAAGGGCCCAAUAUGUGGUGGAGGUGUGGAAAAGAAGAUGCUACUUGUAUAAGAUGAAGGUCAUUUUGGGGGCACCAAUCUAUCUGGACCUGCCAGGACUCACACACGACUGGGCUCGGUUCUACAAUGUGCAUCCUCUCCUUUAG